CGACAUUUGUUAAACAAAGGAGAAAAUCUUGAAGAUAGAGAAUAAGCUAAAUUCCGUUUGAAGUUAUCGCUACAUGCAACACUUUAGUUGCGUAAAGCAUAACGCAAAUGUCUGAGGGAAAUUGGCGAGCAGAGCCAGAUUGUCAGUGUGCAUCGCCGUAAACGCAAGCAUAUCGUGCAGAAUGGCAGCGAUGAACAGCUCUAACAUGAAGACCUUGGAGGACUUGACUCUGGACUCGGGUUAUGGAGCUGGGGACUCGUGCAAGUCUCUCAGUCUGUCCUCCUCCAAAUCCAACUCGCAGGCGUUCACCAGCGCACAGCACCGGGGCAACUGGUGGUACUAUUCGGGGUCCAUGAACAGCAGAAACAACAGCUGGGACACGGUAAAUACUGUGCUUCCUGAGGACCCCGAGGACAUCUUCGCCAAGUGUCCCCGGUUGCCAGAGCUGGAGGAGUUCCCUUGGACAGACGAGGACGUUGGCAAGAUCCUCCGCAAGGUCUCCGGCAAGGGUGCCUUUUUUGCCACCGACACCGUGCGAAGGCUCUCCACUCUUUUACGAAGGGCUCUGAUCCGGAUUUCAAGGGAAGCGCAGCGGCUGAGCGUCAUGCACUGCCGCUGCACGCGCUUCGAGGUGCAGAGCGCCAUCCGGCUGGUGCUGAGCUGGGCUCUGGCGGACAGCUGCGUCUCAGCCACGGUAAAGGCCAUCUCCCUCUACAGCAUGAGCGCCGGCGAGUGGCUACGGAAGGGCAAGUCCACCCGAUGUGGGCUAACUUUCUCCGUGGGCCAUUUCUUCCGCUGGAUGGUGGACACCCGUAUCUCGGUGCGCAUUCACCAGUACGCAGCCAUCUGCUUGACGGCAUGCAUGGAGAGCUUGGUGGAGGAGAUCGGCGCGCGGGUUCUGAUGGCGGAGCGACAGCAGAGCGGGGACGGUUGCCUUCCCAGCAGCGCGGUGACAGCGGAGGCACUGGAGGGGGUUGUGAACAAUGACGCCGAAUUGUGGGGUGUUCUGCAGCCCUACGAACAUCUCAUAUGCGGGAAGAACGCCAGCGGAGUGCUGUCCCUGCCCGCUCAUUUCAGCCCGUACACGGAGGGUCAGCAGGGGGCGAUAGAGAGCCGGGAGGAUGCCUACGCCCAGCUGGAGCUGCGCACUCUGGAGCAGUCUCUCCUGGCCACCUGUGUGGGCAGCAUCUCUGAGCUCAGUGACCUGGUCUCUCGGGCCAUGCACCACAUGCAGCGUCUGAGCGCGGUUCGGCCCGGGCUGAGCCCUGCCCGCCACGCCCGCCAGCAGCCCGUGUGCUGGUCCCCCGACGCCCUGCACACCCUCUACUACUUCCUGCGCUGCCCCCAGAUGGAGUCCAUGGAGAACCCCAACCUGGACCCGCCCAGGAUGUCCCUCAGCAAGGAGAGGCCCUUCCUGCUGCUCCCGCCCCUCAUGGAGUGGAUGCGAGUCGCCAUCGUCCACGCCGAGCAUCGCCGGAGCCUAUUGGUGGACAGCGAUGAUGUCAGACAGACGGCCAGACAGCUCCUCCCAGGACUGGACUGUGAGCCCAGACAGCUAAAGCCGGAGUGCUGCUUCAGCUCGUUCCGGCGGCUGGACUCCAGAGCUGCCACCGAUAAGUUCCACCUGGACCUGGGCUUCCGCAUGCUGAACUGCGGCCGCACCGACCUGAUUGGCCAGGCCAUCGAGCUGCUGGGGCCAGAGGGCGUGAACGCCAGGGAUGACCAGGGCAUGACGCCCCUCAUGUACGCAUCAUCAGCAGGGGACGAGGCUCUGGUGCAGAUGCUGAUCGAUGCCGGGGCCAAUAUGGACGUGGCGGUUCCAGGCUACUCCCCGCAGUACCCCUCUGUGCACCCCGACAGCCGGCACUGGGCCGCCCUGACAUUCGCCGUGCUGCACGGUCACCUCUCAGUGGUGCAGCUCCUGUUGGACGCGGGGGCGAACGUAGAGGGCGCUGCUGUCCGAAACGGGCAGGAGAGCUCGGCCGACACCCCUCUGCAGCUGGCGUCCGCAGCAGGUAACUAUGAGAUGGUGAGCCUGCUCCUGGCCCGGGGGGCGGACCCCCUGCUGAGGGCCAAUGAUGGGAACGUGCUGACAUCAUCGCUCUAUGAGGACAUGAACUGCUUCAGCCACGCGGCUGCACACGGACACAGGAACGUGUUGCGGAAGCUGCUCACCCAGCCUCAGCAGGUGAAGGAGGACGUUCUCUCUCUGGAGGAGAUCCUGGCGGAGGGGGUGGAGGAGGGCGGGGGCAGGCCCGGGGACGGGGAGAAGCAGGCGGGACACCCUCCCUGCAGCCCCAUCUGCAUCACGGACGAGGACAUCCCCAAACUAUCCAAGGCCCGGAUGAAGUCUCUGCAGGAGGCCACCUACUACAGCUCUGAGCACGAAUACCUGGACGUCACCAUGGAGCUGAGGUCACUAGGCGUCCCCUGGAAACUGCACGUGUGGCUGGAGUCCCUGCACAGCGCCCACCAGCAGUCCCGCAGCGGGGUGACCCUGGCCCUCCUCAGGGAGUUCACCUCCAUCCGGGAGGAGGAGUACUGCGAGGAGCUGAUCUCCUACGGGCUCCCUCUCAUGUUCACCAUCUUCAGAACCAGCAAGAAUGAUGCCAUAAUCCAGCAGCUGGCCUCUAUUUUUAGCCACUGCUACAGUUCUGCCCCCCUGCCCACCAUCUCAGAGGCCAAACCCAACCUGUCUGCACAGCUAGACCCUCACUUCCUGAACAACAAGGAGAUGUCCGACGUGACGUUCCAGGUGGAGGGAAAGCCGUUCUAUGCCCACCGGGUCCUGCUGAUCACCGCCUCUGACAGGUUCAGAGCUCUGCUGGGGGCUUCUGGUUCAGACAGCUCCGCCCAGGACUGCAAGAGCAUCCAGAUCAGCGACAUUAAGUACACCAUCUUCCAGAUGAUGAUGUCAUACCUGUACUGUGGGGGGGUCGAGUCAAUGAAAGUGGCGAUGCCUGAUGUCCUGGAGCUGCUGUCAGCUGCCAGCCUGUUCCAGCUGCGGGCGCUGCAGAGACACUGUGAGGUCAUCUGCACCCAGAGCAUCGACCUGGACAAUGCUGUCAGCGUCUACCAAACUGCCAAGGCCCACAGGGCAGCAGAGCUGAGUGCGUUCUGUGAGGGGUACUUCCUGAGGAACAUUCCGGACCUGCUGGAGAGAGACUCAUUCCGCGGGUUGGUCCUGGGGGCCGCUGGGGUCCGGACGGGGCCCGGUCGGGACUCCCCCCUGGAGGAGCUGGAGGGGGCUCUGGCACGCAGGCUCCGCUCCCUCUAUGUCACCUCCCGGGUGUGAGGGGCCACGCCCUGCCACAACCGCCCCCGGCCAAAAACGUGUGGACACGGCUGAGACGCUGAGAGAGGAAAUGGAGUGGGCAAUGCCGGGAGUGAGGAAGAGUCAGGCGGCCAUACCCACCUCCCCUUGCGGAGAAGUGUGACCCAACCAACAAACUGCAGUGUGCUUUGGGGAUUUGGCCCUUUUGGAUCAAUGCUGUGCAGACUCACUCAUCUUUAAAUUAUCUGGAUUGUUCCUUCCAUUCACUGAGCCCCAGUGUGUCAAAUGUUUCUCCUUGCUGCGUAAAGACUGGCCCAGAGAAACUUGUGCUUUGGCACUGCUGCCCUCUAGUGGCCACUUCUGUUCAUGUCACACAUGGGAGAUAAGGGGGACACUAUUACUAGAAUUGGUGCAAAUUGUCUUCACCAAUCAGAGACGCUUUUGAAUGCGACUGCCAGGUCUACUGGAUCUCGAUUGUCACCAAACAGUUUGAUCAGUGACGUUCCUUUCAACAAACAGUUGAGAGCAAGACUAUUGAAAUGAAUAAACAUUUUGUAAAUAUAUGGACAAAUGGCAGGACACCAGACAAAUGACAAAUAAUUCACUUGGUUCCUAUCAUGUGGGAAGACAAUAUAAAAAACAUUGGUUAUGGUCGGGAUCAUUUGAGUGGUUUUCAGUCACUGCUAUUUAAUUCAGAGGCAAAGAGCAACAGAACAUACCCCCAUCUGGAGAGACUGACAUCUUACACAGAACAUAAUCCCGAGUGCCCUUGCCAGUGCUAAAUCUGCGUAGAAUCGUAGAAUAUAAAAUGUUUUAUUUAAGGAAACAUAUUGCUGUGUUAAACAGGUACUGUAGCCAUGGCUUUAUUGAAUGGUGGAAAAUAAUACUCUUGUGUAUAAACUAAAUAAGGUGGGAACAGACAUAUGUCCUAAUGGGUAGAAAUGUGCCAGUGCUUAAAUACUCCAGGUUAAGGGUGAAUGAAAUUAAUAGAUUUUCAUUCUUUAAAAAAAAUUUUUUUUUGCUUUAAAACAGCCCCCCACCCCCAACCAGCCUCUGCCUUUCCUUCUUACUUAAGCACCCAUUCUACUCUUUGUGGCACAGAACAUGCAUAUGCUUUAUAACCACGUGUGCUUGUUGCUGUAGCACAUUCAUUUUCUCUUUUCUCGUUUGUCUUUUCAGGUCUCCCAUAACACAUGAAUACCUGCAAAAAAGUAUUUUGCAGAAAAAACAACAAGUAAAUUUGUUAAACUGAUUAAAAGAAAAUGUAGGCUGCCCUUCUCUUUGGAUGUUACAAACACACGCACACACAGAAUAACUUUCUCUAUCAGAUACUAAAGUACACUAAGCCCUAGUCUUUUCUAAGUUACUGAAAUGCAUACAAACACAUAUGCACACACACUUCAUCCCCCCCUGUGUUGCUUACCAAACCACACACUCCCCUCCUUCAAGUCUCCUUCAACUUACACAAAAAUGUUUUUGUCCAUUUUUGCUGUUUAGCAGCUGAAUUUAGGCCUUGAAAGUACUAUUAAACUUUUUUUGUCAGAAUAUGUUGGAUGCAUUAUGGUCAUGAAUUUGUGAUCAAUCUCCUUUCGAGUGUUUUUAAAUGUUCAGUGAUAUGCAUUACAAGAUGUGAAGGUUUUAUAUAUCAUUUACACUCAGUGAGCACUUUAUUAGGUAUUUAUUCAACUUGCUUUUUAGACUAAUUCAAGUCUUCUGCUGCUGUAGCCUAUCCAUUUAGAACGGGGCUGCCCAAACCUGUUCCUGGAGAUCUACCAUAGGUAGGUUUUCACUUCAACCCUAAUUUGGCACACCUGAUACUACUACUAAUACCUACUAAGUAGCUCAGUGAGAUUUGUAGCUGUUGAGUGAGGUGUGCUUUGUUAGGGUUGGAGUGAAAACCUACAGGACGGUAGAUCUCCAGGAACAGAUCUCCAGGAACAGGGUUGGGCAGCCCUGAUUUAGAACUUUGACGUUCAGAGAUGCUCUUCUGCAUACCAUUGUUGUAAUGUGUGGUUAUUUGCGUUACUGUCACCUUCCUAUCAGCUUUGACCAGUCUGGCCAUUCUCCUCUGACCUCUCUCAUUAACAAAGCAUUUCUGUCUGCAGAACUGCUGCUCACUGGAUGUUUUUUGUUCUUCGCACCAUUCUCUGCAAACUCUAAUCAUCCUGUCUGGCACCAACAAUCAUUCUACAGUCAAAGUUACUUAGAUCACAUUUUUCUUCAAUCUGAUGGUUGAUUUGAACAUUAACUGAGGCUCCUGACCCGUAUCUACAUGAUUGUAUGCUUUGCACUGCUGCCACACGAUUGGCUGAUUAGAUAAUUUCAUGAAUAAAUAGGUGUGCUCAGUGAGUGUAUUCUAAAUAAAUAAAUAAAUGAAGUGCUCAGUGAGUGUAUUCUAAAUAUACCAGAGUAAAAGUGUGGUUUUGUGGAAGUGUUGGGUGAACCAGAUGAAUGAAAACUGUCAUGUAAAUGACCCAACAAGCCUCACAUAAGCCAAAUCUGGCUGUAAUAUCUUAACAAUUGUGAUCUAGGAUUUGAUUGCAAUGGUGAGUAACAGAGCUACAAAAUUAUUUUCCAUUAUUUUAUUUGAUAUUGUAUUAAUGUUAUUUAGCAUCUGACUUCAAUUGUUGAUAGAAUGAAGUAAAAAGGCUAUGGUCUCAUAACUGAUGUUGUGACAGUGAAUGCUGAUAAGCACAGAUUGGAAUUCCAGAUUGGGGAUAUAUUAUUAUUAUUAUUAUUAUUAUUAUUAUGGGAACAUGUAAGAUGUAAUGACACUAUCCAUAAUGAUCUGUCGGGGCAAAUUCCCCAUUAGAUGGGAUGAGCUAGCUCUUAGUGUUUGUGAGGACACAAAUUACAGAAUCAGAAAGUGUUUCAUUUCCCCCAGUGUAAAUAUGUGUGAUGCUCUGUGUCCAUACUGACAGAACUCUCAUGGAUCUUGCUUAUUAGGCAUCAUUACCCAAAAAUUCUGUUGUCACUGGGUAAUAUAGUCUGUGCUGUAUUUCAGACAUUUGCCUCUUAAAGCCAACUUACACACUCUUAUGUCCUUUUUUCCUUUUUAUUGGUUAUAAAAAGAAAGUGUAGUCUCAUUAUUAUUCAUGAAUGAAACAUAUGUCCCAACUAUUCUAAAAAUAUAAAAUUAAACUUAAUACAUUUGCAAUCUUUUGCAUUCUCAAGGUAAAGGUAAAAUAAAUAUUUGUGUGACUGUAGAGGUGUAGGAAGGUGUCGGUUCUCGUCUGAGCUCAAUAAAGGGAACAACUAUGUGUUGUUAUGACUUUCCAUUUGAAUAAGUCUUAAUGUAUCAUGCAUAUUUAUUUAAAUAAACACGAUUUACUUGCAGAAAGAAAAAAAAAUUG